ACUAAUUUAUGUCUUUAAUGAUUAGUUGACUUAUUAAUUCAUUUAUUUUUUGAUAAUUUUUGUACACUACUGUUUGUCAUGGCAGUGUUACUAAAACAAUAAUACAAGGACGGACUUAGGAAAUGAGUGCUACCCAUUAUGGCGGACAGGUCACCUCCCACCAUUCUGUAAAUAAUGGAAAGAUAUAGUUAAAUACAUUGAAACAUACUCAUCUUCUUGCUAUUGAUUUUGUUAUUGUUGCUGCUGUUGUUGCUGUUGUUGUUGACGAUUAUGAUGAUAAUGUUGUGUUAAUGUGAUCACAUGAAAAGUAAAUCCAUGGAGACAGAGGUUAAUCAAGUCUGAGACAUGUAAAUGAUAAUGACAGGAUGUCACCCAAGAUGACUGACACUUUUCUCUCACGAGGGUCAUGCUCGCUUCUUGUCGUUGUCAUUGUCGUCAUCGUCUCUAUUUCGUCAAGCGCCGCCAUGCCAGCACAAGUGGAGAACACGACAUGUUCUGUAAACAAUAUCACACAAACAUCGUUAACGUGUUACUUCCAAGAGGACAUCAGCAAGACCAAAGCAAAGUUUAUUGUUUAUCACAACACAAGCCAUGGGGGAAAAGGUCCUGUGGUGAAAUGCGACUGGAUUAAAAGCAACUUGAACUGUAUCACCGCUCGAGGCUACGAGUUUGGCAGCAAUGCCACGGACCAGCUUACCCUGAGGAUACCCAGACUAGAGGAUAACGACACAGGAACGUGCAGCUGUCAUAUAACAGACCAUCUACCUGCUCCAGUGACCUCCUCCUGUCACUAUCCACGUGUCCUGGAGAAGGAACCAUCAUCACUGACCUGUACCUACAGUGUGGAUGUCAAUGCCACGAGAACCGACUUCAUGGUGGUCCGUGAUGGUGGAGCUGACGAGAAAGGAAUUAGAAUCGUCUCCUGUGUCUGGGUCAGCGACGACCUCAACUGCACCACAGCCCCGGGAUACGAGUUGAACAGCGCCGUCACAGACGUUGUCGUCAUCACAACACAGCAAGCGUCACGUGAUCAAGCUGGCUCAUACGCUUGUCACGUGAUAGGAUCUGAAGCUGAAGGGUUUGAAUCUUGUGAGUUUAUCGUCGUGACAGGUAGGUGAACGCCCGUCUGUACAGUAGUAUUAAAUGUUUACUUACAACAUUUUUACCGGCUAAGCCUCACUCUAUGAAGACAGAAGGACAGAAAAGACAAUGAUCGGCAUGUCUCGUUGUGUCUCGGCGUUUCACAUCCACACACGCGCUGAACCAAUGCUUGAAAUAUUUGCUCAUCGACACGAGGCUUGAAAACCCAUCAAGUCAGCUGUCGAGGAGUCGCUAAAAAAUGUCAAUCGUUCGGGAAAACCGUGACAUAAACAUGAUCGUGUUGUGUGUAGUAAGAACGAGGGCCUGGGAGUAUAAAGCGAUGGUAGAGGUGCCUGGAGAUGAAGUAACACAAAGAAAUGAAGCAAGUACUUCACAGAUCAGACUCCGAGUCUUUAUUUUCACGGGGUAGUGUCUUACCCUCCCGUAGCAAGUAUGGCUCCUGUCUACAGGGAGACAAUCGUGGUUGCGGUGUUAUCAAAUGGUUCAUGCUUUAUUGCUUAUCGAACACAUCAUCGAUACUUCCUUCCAAUUCUUCUGAUGUUGGCUUGAAAACAACAAUGAAACAACAGACAAACACAGGGAAGAAGACGGCGGCACAUCUCUUCUGCGACCAUCUCACUUUUAUUUCGGUAAGUUUCCUCGUUUGCUUUUUGUUGAUUUCAACUUGUCAUUCACAACUUGUUGGAAGUAAGCAGGUAAAAACUUGCUGUUUAAUCUACUUUCUCGUGAACUUGUGAAUGUGAAGCUCUAGUGUUGCAGAUGGACUUCCAAGUUUGUAUCACUGUUUCUUACAUGUGGAUGCUCGAAAGGUAAGCGAAAUAUUUAGACGGAGCUAAUCAUCCAUGUAAUGAAAGUAAAGAAACACGAAUAAAGUCAAGCCGCUUAUUAUCAGCAGGUAAACGAGGUUGGUUUAGUUUAAAUACUUCAGUAAUAAUACAUUGUAAAUGGCAGAAUAUCCCAAUCUUACCGGCGAGUUGAGCACGUGUUUAAUAUCCACAGAACUCACAAAAUGUUCCGUGAAAAGAAAUAAAAGUCAGGUAUGUUCUCUGAAUGUUUUGAAGUCAAUGUUUGAACUGUCAAGCCUCUCUGUACAAGAGCGAACAAAUGCACAGGCAGAGCUCAGUGUGUGGAGAGAAAGAGAGAAAGGGAAAACAAUGGAAGGCAGGAAGCACAACCUACUGACUCAGUCCUGACUUACAUAACAAUGAGUGAAUGUUGAAGGUGUGGCUUCUGUCUCUCUCCUCCACUCUACCCCGGCAAGUACAGAGUCUGCUCGUGUUGCAGGCAGGCGGGUGCUGCACUACUUUUCCUGAGCUUGUGAGUAUUGAUCUCAUCGUGACGUCAGUCACAAAAAUAGUUCUCGUUACGGUUUCUGGCUCGUCACGUAGGUGGUGUAGACGGCGUCAAUAAUUAAAUGUGGUAAUUAAUUAUGACAUUAGCUUCAGAUACCUCAUGUCAUCAGCAGGAUUGUUUGAGACAGACGAGACACGUGUAAUGUGAACACAUUAUUGAUGUGUCUGCAAACAACCUGUUCACCGUCUGUGUCAUACCAUCGAUUGAACACAGGGCGACAAUAACAACGGGAGAGUCACCUCCCCUCCCCGACUGUCAAGCACCCGGCCGAGCCUCAUCCUGCAGUUUAAUUACAGGAUUCACCAGAAGUAUGCAUAGCAGUUGCUACAGGCGACAACAGACAUGUGUAGCAGUAGCUGCGUCUGUCUUCAGCCUCCUACUCGUGUACACUGCAUCCGUCUCAGACAAAGAUGUAACCUGUGAAGCUCCUUCAGUGGAACCUUUGGUCAGAGCUUCAGUCAUCUGUCACUUUCCUGAAGAUGUCAGUCAGACAAGGAGGAUCACCACUGUCUCCAUCAACAAGGGGAAGACAUAUCGAGACGAGAAGGACAUAUUGGACUGCUAUUGGCUGUCAGGCAAAAGGGAGUGUCACAUCAUGUUGCCUGGAUACAGUUUCAACGGAACGAUAUCUCACAGCCUCACUUUGGAAAUACCACGAGUUUCUACAGAACACAUGGGAAAAUACGCUUGUAAGCUUUCCAGCAUGGAUCCUGACAAUAUAAAACCCUGUGAGCUGAAAUUUGAUUUAGUGGGGAAAACGAAAUGUGACGUUCGCUCAGUAGACCAAACGUCACAAACGUCACUGACUUGCUACUUCCCCGAGAAUCUCAACGAGACCAGAGCGGGCCUGAGUGUCUAUCACCAUACAAGCCUAGGAGAUAAAGAGUCGGUGAUGUCUUGUAGAUGGAAGGACGAUAGUUUUAACUGCACCAUCGCCAACGGCUACGAGUUUGAUGGCAGUGUGACAGAUCACGUGACUCUCACACUAUCCAGCGCCUCACAGCGGCAAAGAGGGAAAUACAGCUGUCACAUGACAGACCAGCCUUCUGUUAGUAGUCAACUUUGCUUAUUCCCGUUAGAAAAUGAUACAGCAGUAAACUCGUCUUGCUCCAUUCCCAGUGUCCAAGAGAUGGAGUCCACAACACUGACCUGCAGAUAUAGUGUUGACAUGAAUGUGACGAGAAGAAACUUCACAGUCGUUCAUCUUGAUGAUGUCGACAUCCUAAACUGCAUCUGGUUGAACGAUCAACUGGACUGCACUCCAGCCCCAGGUUACCAGUUCAACAUCACCGUCACGGAUCACCUCGUCAUCGGUGUACCGCGAGCGUCACGUAAUCACAACGGAACCUACGCUUGUCACGUGAUGGGCUCUGAUGAAGAGAACUUUGCGCCGUGUGAAUUUAUCAUCACACAAGGUGUAUAUCGGGGUAGACCAGCAAUUUCAGAAAAACACAGGAAUGAUGGGUCGUUUCUAGCAGUUAGCAGUGUGGUGAUGGUGAUUCUUGUGUCGCUUCUCAUCCUUAUCAUCUAUAAAUGGAAGACAAGGGAAAGAUUGAUGGAAAGGGAGCACAGGCCAGCGGUGGGUCCAACAAGUUUACAUGAAAUCACGCCAAUGACACGUUCUUCAGAGGUAAGAGGUCAUUUUGUUACACAUAUGUUCGAGAGAAUUCGAGAGAGGUUACUGUUUUUACACAUUCCUGUAAUGGUCCUUGUUACUGUCUUUUAAUCCUAAUUACUUUAAUAUUUCUUACUGGAAUGAAUUUUCAAUACUACAGUAUACAGCAUUGUGGGGGUACGAACAGCCUUAGAAGAUUAAAAAAAUAACCAUAUAGUGCUAUUUAUUAAUCUUUUAUUAAUUUUAUGGAUUAAGAACUAGAUUAAAACUCUUCAGUCAUUUGUGUUGUUGUCUGUUCUCAGAAGCCAGCAUCAGCUGCGAGCUUUGUAAAUUCUUCUGCAUUUUUGGCGAGGCAGAGGCCUGUAACACACAGGAGG